AUGCGAACUCGAUCAAGUCGAACAACAGAAGACUUGGUCGAGCUAGAUUUCACCACGGGUAGAAAGAGAAGUCAGAGAACUCAUAGGGUACAAGUGGAACCUGAGGUGCUUGAUACUGAAACAAUGGAUGUACCAAAGGGUAAUGGAAACCCUUUGGGCAAUGGACUCGGUCGAGCUAGGCAACCUCGACCGAUUGGUCUAGGAGAUGCUCCAAACCGCCAUCAACAAAGACAAGGGAUUGUCCCACCACCUGUUGAUCUACUUGCAUUUUGCAUAGUUUUAGUCUUUUGGAGCAUUCUGGAGCAUAUGGGACAUGAGGAGCAUGGAGGGACUUGGCAAUGGACGCAGCUCAACUGGAUACGCAAAGGAAGAAGGAGGAAGCCAUCUUGA